AUUUUUUCGAUUCAAAAAUUACGAUAUGCUGCGAGACUAUAAGCAACUUUUUGCGGAAAUUUAAAAAUGACAAAUUUGUACUAAAACGUUCAUAUUUGGCUAAAAAUACAUCAUAGACACGAGAUUCGUACUCCAAAAUAGAAACUAAUCUCAGGCUGUUGGUUCCAGUGCCACUGAGAGAGGCCCAGCUCAUAUGUUGAUUGCAACAGGCUCAUCCAGUCUACAUGUACCACCUCCACACAACCACACAGCCAAAGGACACCUGACUGACCCAUACAUACUGAAAGACAAUGAAGUCACUUGACAAACCAGAGAACAUCUGGAGAUCAUGUCGUAUGAUGCAGGCCUAUAUGGGCUUCAUAGGCUUCCUUGUGAUGAUUGCUAUGAGAGUGAAUAUCAGCAUGUCUAUCAUAUGUAUGGUCAACAGUAAGGAGGGUCAGAAUGGUGAAUUUGACUGGGACAAGGAAACACAAGGCUGGAUUCUUGGGGCGUACUUUUAUGGCUACAUAAUAACUCAGAUCCCAGGUGGCUGGCUUUCAGAUAAAGUUGGCACAAAGCGCAUAUUUGGCUGUUCAUUGUUUGUUUGUGCAAUAGCUACAGUGAUGACUCCCAUGGGUGCUCGCCUAGGGGGACCUUAUAUGGUCAUGGUGCUGCGGUUUAUCGUUGGACUCUCCACAGGUUGUUCAUUUCCCGCUUUUCACUCAUUCUGGGGUCGCUGGGCACCAGUGUAUGAAAGAACCAAGUUGAUUCUUUUCACAAAUUCAGGGGGAGGUCUUGGUGCACUGCUUGGACUGACAGUAUCAGGGGCACUUUGCCAGAUAGACAGCAGCCUAUGGCCCCUUACCUUCUAUAUGCCAGGUGGGUUGACAUUCUUUUGGUUGUACCUUUGGUACCAGAAUGUAUAUGACUCCCCAGAUGAACAUCCCACUAUAUCACAGCAAGAACUUAAACACAUCAAAGCUGGAGUCACAAGCAAGAAAACAGAGACAUUAACAGUACCAUGGGUAGAUAUCCUCCAAUCGCAAGCAUUAUGGGGACUCUUACUCUGCCAUGUCUGUGCUAACUGGGUCGUUCAUGCCAUGACAACAAGCGGACCUACAUACUCCAAAGAUGUCUUCAAAGUUGAGCCUGGCGCAAAUGGUUUGAUAUCGGGUGUUGGUGUGGUGGUUGGUAUAUCUAGUACGGUCAUAUCUGGGCAAUUGGCUGAUUCCUUAAGGCAGAGUGGCACCUGGUCUACAUCAGGAGUACGGAAAUUAUUCCAGAUUUUCGGGACAUUGUUACCAUCAGUUUUCACAAUCUGGUUAAGUUUCCUAGAUUACAACAACUUUUACCUGGCCAUGUUUCUGAUGAUGUUUGCUACACUGUUCACUGGACCAGUGCGAUCAGGAUACCAAGUGAACCAUGUUGACAUUGCUCCAAGGUUUGCCGGAACAUUGUUUGGAAUAACAAACACCAUAGCAACAAUCCCAGGCAUGGUCGCUCCAAUCUUAAUAGGCAGAAUGACAAAAAAUGGCACUAGAGAUGAGUGGCAGUCGGUAGCCUUCAUGAACACUGCUAUUAAUCUACUAGGGACCAUAUUCUUCAUCACAAUGGGGAAAGGAGAAAUUCAACAUUGGGCUCAGGCUCAAUUUAAAUACACAGGACUGACUAAUAAAACUGAUAGCACUAUUCAUCUCCCAGACAUGGAAAAGAGUCAAAAAACAAGUUUCUGGUCAUUUUGGACAUCAUGUCGCAUGGUUCAGGCAUAUAUCGCAUUCUUUGGCUUCUUCUUCGUGUAUGGGCUGCGUGUUAACAUGAGCAUGAGCAUUGUAUGUAUGGUGAAGCAAACUAGGGAGACAAGCAACCAGACCCUGGCCAACUUAACAUCGGAAAUCAACCAAACACAUGAUGAUGACGAUCCUUGUGUCAGAGGACUAGGAGGAAAGAAAGCAGGUUAUGCUGGUGAAUUUGAGUGGCCAAAGGAACUGCAAGGCUGGGUCCUGAGUUCAUUCUACUAUGGCUACAUAUCGACUCAGAUCUUAGGGGGUUGGCUAUCAGAUUCCCUUGGGCCUAAGAAGGUUUUCGGUGUUGCAAUGUUCGUCAAUAUGCUUUCCACACUACUGACACCUAUUGGAGCGAGAAAGGGUGGUGUAAUCGCUGUUAUCAUCCUGCGAGUCAUACUUGGUAUGGCGCAGGGAGUUGCCUUCCCAGUGUUCCAUGCAUUCUGGAGUCGCUGGGCUCCUCUCUAUGAAAGGUCCUUCCUCAUCCUCUUCUCUACCUCAGGUGCAGGAUUGGGGAGCCUGAUUGUCAUGGGAACAUCAGGCCUCCUUUGCCAGUAUGGAUUUGAUGGUGGAUGGCCAUCUAUAUUUUACAUUUAUGGUGGAUUAUCAUUUCUAUGGCUAUUAUGCUGGGUAUUCUUCAUAUAUGACAGCCCCCAACAACAUCCAAGGAUCUCUCCUGAAGAAAUGAAACACAUAGAGGAUGGGAUACCCCAAGUAAAAAGGAAUCUGAGUGUACCCUGGCCAUCAAUUCUCAGGUCACCUGCAGUGUGGGCAAUCAUAAUAGCUCAUCUAUGUGCUAACUGGGCAGUACAUGCUACUGUCUCCACUGGUCCUAUGUACAUGAAAGAAGUGCUAAACUUCGAUCCAGCAGAGAAUGGUGUCUUGUCAGCUAUUGUCAUGGUGAUUGGUAUAGUGUCUGUGGUCGCAUUUGCCAAACUUGCAGAUGUCAUUCGUUCGAAGAAAUGGUUGUCCACAGUCGCAGUCAGGAAGUUAUUCCAGUUUGUAGGUAUAGUAUUGCCUGCUAUACUGACUGUCUGGGUGAGUUUCCUUGAUUGUGAUCUAAGGAUACAAGCCUUAGUACUACUUGCACUAAUUGGAAUAUGUACAGGACCACAGAAAUCUGGCUAUCAGGUCAACCAUGUCGACAUUGCACCAAGAUAUGCAGGGCUGUUAUUUGGGAUUACAAAUACUAUAGGUACAAUCCCUGGUAUGGUGGCUCCUGUAGUCAUUACAAUGCUCACACCUAAUGGAACUCGUGAAGAGUGGCAGGUCACAUAUCUUAUAGCAGUUGCCAUUGGAGUGUUUGGGAUGAUUGCCUUUCUAAUACUGGCACGUGGUGUGGUCCAACCAUGGGCUAUUGAGAAAUAUGCUGAAGACGAGAAUCACGUUAAGAUGGAGCAAAUGCAAGACAUGCUGCCUGAGUCUAACCACAGCUGA